AUAUUUCGAACAGCUUCUGAUAUAGAAAAGUGUCGCCGCCAGGGCCAUAAAUGUCUUUUGUGGGCAUCAAUAUGGUGAUCCGGCGACACGGAAAACCAGGACUGCCUGAGAUAAAUGUGUUACCACCGGAUGCUUUUAAAAUAGCAUCUUUAAAAUAGCAAUCAAAAUCUACCCUUUUGGCACAACUGGAUUGUGAGUUACCAAUAGUCUACGGUUUCGAGAACGUUACUAAGGCUCUGGGAUUCGACCGAGAUCCUAGGCACUCACAGUUGCCAUCAGCUAUGCAAGUGCAUCGGACUAUUGAGAGCUUAGCGUAAUCUGUGGAGGAUUCAUUUUCAUACCGCUGUGAGAUGCGUUACUUGGCCUAUCUGCUUAUUAGCCUUCAGCUAUACGUUGGACUGCAGUGUCAGACCUUGCCUGCCGAGAUAAAGAAAUGCCACUACGGCGAUGGCAAGUGCCUGGUGGAAUCGACCAAUGCUCUGCUGAGGAACUACCCAAAGGGCAUUCCCGAGGUCAGUCUGAAGCCCUUUAAUGUGGUGCCCGUGCGGGACUGGCUGCUGGUCAACGACUCCCAGGUGGGUGGGGCCUGGUACUUCUUCGAGCUACUCAACCAGAUCAACUACGGCUUCGAGAACACCACCAUCACGGAGAUCCUGGGCUUCGACCGGGACCCCACCUCCUCCAAGAUAGAAAUUCACGGAAAGAUUCCCCGACUGGUCUACAAGGGCGACUAUCUGGCCAAAGGUCGGAUGCUUUGGUUCGUGGAUAUAAACUCACACGGAACCUCCGAGUCAGAUUUUCUCAAUUUCCGGUUCGGUCUUACGUUAAAAGUGCGCAUCGAGUACAGGAACAAUAAGCGAUAUCUGAAGAUCUAUCAACUGGUCCCGAAUAUAAGGCUUGACCGGUGGAUUAUGUGGCUGGACAACUUCUUUCCGGAUAACUACGAUCUGACCAUAGCAAUUAACAAUCUGUUUAAUCGCAACUGGGUGGAGUUCUGGAACGAACUGGAGCCGGGUAUCCUGCCCCUGUUUGAAACCGUCUUUCUUGGCAUGAUCGAGGAUCUAUUUGAAAAAGUACCUUACGAUGAUCUGUUCCUAGCUGAUGAAGACUCAAAGUAGUCUUAAGCUUGGCAGCAUUUACUUAAACAUUAUUGGUAGUAAAAUUGUAUAAAUCUCUAUAGAUGUUUUGUUUAAAUUAUCCUUAGCUCACUUAACAAAUGUGAUAGCAUACACCCCACAGAUAAUCAGUUUGAAAAAAUACACCUCUUUGUAGAAUAAGAAUAUAUGAUAUGAAAACUA